AUGGAGCGUACGCCUUCUCCGCCCCGUCGCAUUCACACACCGCCUGCGCCAGGAACCAGUUACGAGCCGUUUUCACCGCGUCGGUCCAGCAGAGUGGCCGCCCAACGCGACGCUCACCUUCACCAUGAGCAACCCGCACCACGGACCAGGCGCGCCGUGACUCCUACAGCGUCGAGCAAGCCAUCUAUUGUGCGCGCUGCCAACUUGGCCCUCUCACCUCCAUCCUCGCCCGUCUCUCCACAACACCACGCCCGCUCCCCUCGCUCAACACGUCGCACCCGUCUGGAGACAGCCGAUUCAGACUGCGACCACGCUGCACCUACACCUGCACGUCGCUUCUUGUCCGCCAUGCCAUCUGACAUGCUACCAACUCCUGUAAAGACACCGCGCAAGCGGCAGAUUGGUGACUUGAGCUCAACCUCUCGCAUCUUGUUUCCCCAGCGGCCUGCCACUAUUGAAGAGGUUGUACCUACGCCGCGCAAAUCUCGCAAGACAAAGAACUUGUUCACCCUUGAAUCCUUUUCUGCACACAUGGACGAGGAAAGCGAGAAAAUCCCCAUCUUCACUGAUUCCAAAGAGCGCAUUCCUACGCCUGGCGCGCCUGAUGAGAAUCCCUUUCUCACUCCGAAGAAGGGCAAGGGUCGCGCAAAGACGACACGUCAAAAGUCAACAAAGGAAACCGAGGAGCGCACCGCCAGGCUGAACGAAGCUGCAAAGCGUGACGAGGGCAUGGUCUACAUCUUCCGUGGAAAGAAGAUUCUCCGUCGCUUCCACAACGGACAGUCAGACGAAGACUCCGCGCCCGAGGAUGACCAAGAGCUGUCUGCAGACGAAAGGGCUAUGCGUCGCCAAGUUGGUUAUGAGGCUCACCGCCCUCUGACACGCUCAUCCGUGAAGCCCAAACUGCUCUUCCAAAAAGAGAUCCAGGAGCGCAAGAUUGCAAACGGCGAAGAGGAGGACGACGAAGAGGCUGUUACUGAUAUUGAAGUCCCGGUCCCCGCAACGCCGAGCCGUAAAAAGGGCAAGGCCGUUGCUUCAGAGCCCAUGCUUGCAACCACGCCACCGCCGACUGUCCGCAAACUGAGAAAGGAAAUCUCCUUUGACUCAUGGUCGCGUGUCAAGUCAUCAUCGCGCAGCUCUUCUCAGCCAAGCAAGAAGCGCAGCGGCGAGGUGUUGGAACGCGAGACGGGCGACAAGCGCGCGAGAACCCGUUCUUGA